AGCGCAAGUAAACUGACUCGCAACCACCAUUUACCCACAGCUUGGCCUCGCCGGGCGCGAGUACCCCGAGCCGAACUCAUCCCCCUUGCGGUCUCCCCCUCGCUCCAACUCUCCAAAUUCCACCCCAACCCCCCUGCACAUCCCGACUCCAACUCCGGCACCAAUCCCAGCACGGGCGCAAAUCAACGGGACACCGGAACAGCAACAGCAGCGGGCAGCGGGGGCGCCGGUGCCGUAUCCUUCACUCACUCCUCCCUUGAAACGUAGUACGAGUACCCAGAUCUACAAGCUACUGCUCGCCUUCCCUUCCCAUAAAUACCACUCCCGCCGCGAUUCCCACCUUGGACCAGCGGUUGUUGCUUCCUCGCGGAAAACGGAUAGAACAGCCGCCGCCCUUGCUCUCCGAUCGGGCGGAGGAUUGGAGCGCCCGGGGUUCGAUCCGGCGGCGUGCUCGUGCCUUAGGGAUGGCUGGCGCAGACCGCGGGGAGGAGGCCGCGCUGGAGCAGGGGCUCCUCGCUCCGGAGGAAACGAACCAACUAAUAUACACUGGAGAUGGAUCUGUCGACUUUUCUGGAAAUCCUGUUGUGAAGGAAACAACUGGUAGAUGGAAGGCAUGUCCAUUCAUAUUAGGUAAUGAAUGCUGUGAGCGGCUGGCCUAUUAUGGCAUCUCUACAAACCUCGUUACUUACUUGACAAAAAAGCUACAUGAUGGCAAUGCAUCUGCUGCUAGCAAUGUGACUACAUGGCAGGGAACUUGCUAUCUGACUCCGCUUAUUGGAGCAAUCCUGGCUGAUGCGUACUGGGGGAGGUAUUGGACGAUUGCAACAUUCUCCACGAUAUACUUCAUUGGGAUGGCAAUACUGACUCUUUCAGCAUCAGUUCCUAUGCUCAUGCCUCCAUCCUGUGAAGGAUCCUUUUGCCCACCAGCAAGCCCUUUUCAGUAUACUGUAUUUUUUCUUGGUCUUUAUCUGAUUGCCCUGGGUACUGGUGGAAUUAAGCCAUGUGUCUCAUCUUUUGGAGCGGAUCAAUUUGAUGAUACAGAUCCAGCUGAGCGAAUCCAGAAGGGGUCUUUCUUUAACUGGUUCUAUUUUUCAAUAAACAUUGGUGCUCUCAUAUCAAGCAGCUUUCUGGUUUGGGUCCAAGACAACCUAGGAUGGGGGCUGGGCUUCGGCAUCCCGACAGUAUUCAUGGGGUUGGCAAUCAUAAGUUUCUUCUCUGGCACAUCAAUUUAUAGGUUCCAGAAACCAGGAGGUAGUCCUAUUACACGAGUAUGCCAGGUGGUUGUUGCCUCUUUGCGCAAGUGGAAUGUACAUGUCCCAGAGGACAGCUCCCUCUUGUAUGAGCUACCUGAUGGGGUGUCAGCAAUUGAAGGGAGCCGACAAUUGGAGCACACCGAUGAACUCAGAUGUUUGGACAAGGCUGCUACAAUUACUGAUGUUGAUGUGAAAACAGCUGACUUCACUAAUCCAUGGCGGAUAUGCACUGUCACCCAGGUGGAAGAACUGAAGAUACUGCUAAGGAUGCUCCCUAUCUUCACAACAACAAUAGUGUUUUCCGCUGUUUAUGCUCAGAUGUCAACUAUGUUUGUGGAGCAAGGGAUGGUGCUUGACCCAUCCUUGGGUUCAUUCAAGGUUCCUCCAGCAUCCCUAUCCACUUUUGACACGCUAAGUGUCAUUCUUUGUGUCCCGAUCUACGAUUACAUACUGGUCCCACUAGCUAGGAGAUUCACUGGCAAUGAGAGGGGCUUUACGGAGUUGCAGAGGAUGGGCAUUGGCUUGGUAAUCUCCAUCAUAACCAUGGCAGUAGCUGCAAUCCUCGAGAUCAAGCGGCUGGCGAUUGCCAGGGAGCAACACUUGGUGGAUCAGAACGUCCCAGUCCCACUGAGCAUAUUCUGGCAAAUUCCUCAGUAUUUCUUGGUCGGUCUAUCAGAGGUGUUCACGUUCAUCGGGGCGCUUGAGUUCUUCUAUGAUCAGUCACCAGACGCCAUGAGAAGCCUCUGCAGCGCGCUACAGCUCCUCACGACAGCAUUUGGGAACUAUCUCAGCACGUUUAUCUUAACUAUGGUCGCCUACUUCACGACAAGGGGAGGCAACCCUGGAUGGAUUCCAGAUAACUUGAACCAAGGGCACCUCGAUUACUUCUUCUGGCUCCUUGCCGGUCUCAGUUUUCUGAACUUGGUCGUAUAUGUCGUCUGCGCCGGCAAGUACAAGAGCAAGAAAGCAACUUGAGUUCAGAGGGAGAGGAGCUCGAUGGUGUGAUGUCAACAUGGACAGCGCGCUUCAAAACCUGUAUAUAUGUCCCCCACUGCAUUGAAUCUGGCCGAAGCAAUGUUUCUCAUUGUACUCAGAUACAUAGUCUGAUUUUACAUUCAUAUUUUCUCUCCUUUCUGUAAAAUAUAUAUUUGACUCUCGGAAGUUGCUGCUCAAUGUAUACAAUCUCAUGUGCUUCUACUCUGGUAUCAGCAAGGAUUUCAAUUGCUGGUCA